AUGGUGUCCGAUGCGCCGAAUUCAUCAUGGCAUCCGGCCAUGAUGCCGAACUCGAUCGCCGACCUGCGGAAUCGACGAGAAGACACCGUUCCUCCUUCGGCGCCAGAGGGUAGUGUCCUAGAGGACAACACAACACAGUCAAACACAGCUGGGGAAGAGUCCGGCGCUUGGUUCCAGGAUGACGGCACUGGCGAUGACUGGCUGGCAGACACGAACAAUGCGCCCGAGUCCGAACCCACGCCCGCGCCCGCGUCCGCGCCGGAUACCGAGACGCCGGAACAAACAGGGCCGGCCGAAUCCGUCGAGGAAGCUGUUCCGGAAGAGUCGAGCACCACCUCCAAGCACUUGAGCACCAUGUCCUUCACACGGACUGUGCCCCAUGAAGUGAAUUGGAACGACGAUGAUGACGCUGAGUGGAGCCUCCCUCGGACUGACACCGACCCUUUCAAGUUCAUUCCCGAGACGAACCGGACCAACUCCUUCCCAACGGUAUCUCCUUUGGAGGACAGGGCACAUGGGGCGGCGCAGGAGUUCGAUCAUCCCAUCUCUUUCAACCCGGCCGAGGACCUCAUUCGCGAAAUCGAGGAGGAGGAGAGCCGGGAGGAUGGGACACUCCCUGGUGCCGCCGCCGAGUCGGCCACGCAGAAUGCCCAAGAUGAUACUACCACCCAGCAGUAUCUCACCGGGGGCCCUGAUGCUGUCGCCAACGACGCUCUAGGCGCCCGCUUCGAGGAAGGGCUACCUCUUGUUUCAUCGGCCGACCAGGAUGCCACACAAGAAGGCCAACAGGAGGCUGGGGGGGACUUGUUUGCAGAAGAGACGGUCGGGGAAGAGGAUGACUUUUUCAGUAACGUCCGUUCUGAUGAAGCCACUCAACAGGACGACGACUUCCAACCCACCCCGGUGCAACGCAAGUCCACCAUGGAUGUACUCAACUCCUUGGAUAUGCCCUCUACUGGUACCGGCUUCGUGCCCUUGGAAGAGACCGUUGAAGAACCGGAGGCCCAGGAGAGCCCACAGGAUCAGCCCAAGGCACAGGAGGGUGAGAACUUGGAUGAGAAAUGGAAGGAAAUGUUUGGCGAUGACGACGCUGAGGAGGGUUUUCUGCCCGACGAGAGCACUGGGCCGAACGAACUGGAUGCGUCGGCAUUCCUUGGUAGCGACGACGAAGGCCUUCUUGAGGACUCUGAAACCGAGCAGCAAGAGCAAAGCCAACCUCUUGCUUCUCCCGGAUACGUGUCGGCCUCAGGCCCUAGUGCGCAGCCGGUCAACGGACAGUAUUUUCCUCACAACCAGGGCCCUGCUGUCCCCACGCCCACGAAUCCUUAUCUCCCCGCCGUUUCGCCUGUGACGCCAGCACACUCGUAUCUUCCGGCAGCCCCAGUAUCAGCAGCUCAACCUCCUACCGCAGCUCCUUAUGCCCCCCCCUCAACUGCCCCUCCGGCGCCGGCGCUGGCGCAGUUUGGUUAUGGUGCUCCGCCUCCAACGCAGGAGAAGAACAAGGCACAAAGCUUUGUGGACAAAAAGGGUGGCUACACGUCACCCUACGAUCUCCCCAUGGAAGUCGUCAAGCCGAAGCGGCGCGCCGGGGCGCUUCCACUUCAAAAUAAUACAUCGGGGCCGAACUCGCCCAGUACCAUGCCACCGCCGCCUAGGAGUGCAAGCAUGUACAGCCAGCCUUCCCCUUCCACCGGUGCGCCGACGCCGGGCACAGCGCGCCCAGCAUCAAGCCACUCGGCGCAAGCCCCUUCAAGCGGGCGCAAGCCGUCUCAUGAGAGCUUCUUCGAGGACCUUCCCAUGACAACAAAGCCACGCCCUGCAUCGCGGCCAAAGCCAAAAAGCGCCGCCCCCAACCUCGUCCCCGCGGCGCCUCCCGUCGCAUCAUCACGUUAUUCUCCUGCGCCGCCCGGUGCACCUCUUACCAACGGUCCGGCGCCGGCUCCCGUUUCCAGUCGGUAUUCCCCGGCCCCGCCAGCGCCACGGCAACCCAGCGGUGGCCAUGAGAGGUCAAGAGCUCAUGCACCCGUCGGCCAUGUCGAAGGUAGCUUAGCGGAACGACGGAGCAGUAGUUCCUUGCAUGACCAUCGGCUCCAGAGGGUGCCGUCGCUGCCCUCUACUAGGGAGGUCGAGGAGGAGGAAGUUCCGACGCAGGCGCAAGCAUCACCCGGUGGCCCGGCGCCUCCUCACCCGAUGUCGCCGCCCGUUUCGAGAUAUGCGCCGUCACCCCAGGGAGCGAGGCAGACACCCCCGCACACGGCACCUUCCGGACAGACGGUUUUGUCACCUCCUAAAAGGGUCAUGUCUAGCCACAGCCCUCUGGCACCACCGUAUGACUUUGCUCCGCCCCCUCGUUCUCAGACCCAGUCCCCUGGAGCUCUGUACGGCAACCGUGCUACGAAACCCGUUGAGCCAAUUCCUCGCCCAUCCUCCGUUCACGACCCUACCUCUCCGCGAGAGGCGGCGUACCCUGCUGCGCCAGCCUCCUUUGCCCCAGUCGCUCCCGCUACAACCUAUGGACGUCCUAGGGUGCCCCGGUAUGGCAUGAACCAGAGCAUCCCCGCCGUGAUCCGCAGCCCGGGCGAAGUCAAAAUCCAAAAUAUCAAAGACAUUAUACCCUUCGAGGAACGGCUCGCGAAAUUUCCCGGCCCUCUGAAAGGGAAGUCGAAGAAGAAGGAAACCAUUGCUUGGCUAACGGCCGGCAUCGAGAGCCUGGAGCAGGGCCUGCCUACCAGUUUCUCUCUUCAUACCCCCUUCUCCCACGAUGAUAAGCGCGCAGUUGAGCGAGUUUUGCUGUGGAAGAUUCUCCGCGUUUUUGUCGAGCACGACGGCGUGCUGGAAGGGAAUCCCACUGUGGACAAGGCCGUGCGCGAUCUCUUGUCCCCGGGCCUCGAGGGCGCUGACAGCACAACACCGUAUGUGAACGGCGGCGGCAACUUUGGAUUAGCCGAUCCGGCGUCGGCUGGGUUGCAAUCGGACGGGGUCAGUUCCUCCACGGUCGAGCAGAUUCGCCGUCAACUUCUCAGUGGGGAUCACGAGAAAGCUAUCUGGGCCGCUGCGGACCAGCGCCUAUGGGGCCAUGCUCUUCUUCUUUCCAAUGCUCUCGCGCCAAACCUGUACAAACAGGUUGCGCAAGAGUUCAUCAAGAAGGAGGUCAACUCUCCGGGCCGCAACAACGAGUCGCUCGCUGCUCUGUACGGGGUCCUCUCUGGGAACCACGAAGAGAGCGUGGACGAACUCGUCCCGAGCCAUGCCCGCGCCGGACUCCAGCUCGUAACUACACAUGCGGCAUCUAGCCCCUCAAAGGAUGCCAUGGAAGGCCUCGAUAAGUGGCGGGAGACCCUCGGUCUCAUCCUCAGCAACAGGAGCACCGACGACGGCCGCGCGAUCAACUCGCUCGGCGUCCUGCUGUCCGGCUAUGGGAGAGCAGAGGCCGCUCAUGUCUGCUUCAUGUUUGCGCGCAACCACACCGUUUUUGGUGGCCUCGACGACCCGGCAUCUCAUUUUGUUCUCGUUGGGUCCGAUCACAAGAAGCAGGCUGAGCAGUUCGCCAAGGAGAUCGAGCCUCUAUUGCUGAGCGAGGUCUACGAAUAUGGCCAAAGCCUGGCCGGAGGCUUCAGCGUGCCGGUGACAAACCCACACCUGGCGGCCUACAAGCUGCAGCAUGCUAUUGCUCUGGCCGAAUAUGGGUUCCGGGACAAGGCCUUGCAAUACUGUGAUGCGAUCGCCACAGCGAUUACUUCGCAGACCAAGAGGUCUCCGUAUCACCAUCCUAUUUUGGAGAAUGCCGUUGAGGACCUCAUGAUGCGCCUCAAGCAGGCUCCAAGGGAAGACUCCGGUUCUUGGAUUCCGAAGCCGACCAUGAACAAAGUCAGUGACACCGUCUGGAGCAAAUUUAACAAGUUUGUCUCCGGUGACGAUGACGGCUCCGGCCAGGGCCCCACGGGAGAAGGGGAACCCGGGCCAUUCUCGCGUGUCGCGGGGGGCACCCCGACUAUCAGUCGGUCUCCUUCAGCCAGCAACUUGGAGACGUUUGGUGCCGCCGUCCCCAGCUACGGCAUGUCCUCUUCUCUGCCUAACGGCCCGGUACCGGCUUCCGCGCCGGCGACCAGGGCUGCGUCCCGCUACGCGCCGGGAGCGCCCCAAGCAACAGGCUCUAACAGCCGGCCCUCAACCUCGGCGUACGCGCCUCGCUCGUCGAUGGAACGGACGUCGAGUGAACUGAACAGAGGCUCAUUUGAGGUGCCUAGGCGGUCUUUGGAGAUGCAAGCCGGGCAUCGGGGCAGUUAUAGCCCUGUCAGGAGCGGUUCGCCGGCUGCCAUGUACACGCCGCAGAGUACCGAUUUCGGUUCGCCGCAGCAGUCGCCGUACCAACCAGUUUCUCACGCGCAACCCACGCCAUUUCAAGCACCCACCAGCGCUCCCCAACCGGUCGGGUACCCAGGCCCGCCAGCCAACGGAGUUGCUCCGGGCCAAGAAUCGGAAGCCCCUGGCCAGUCUCCCGAAGCCUCCGGCUAUCAGCCCCCGUCGUAUGGAUACGAGCCCCCAUCGUUUACUCCGUAUGAAGCUCCCACCGAGGAGAAGGACGGUACGCCAGAGGAAACCCCCAACGGUGGCUCCUACGAGGCUCCCUCGUAUCAGCCAUAUAGCUACGAACCGCCAUCAUACGAGCCUGAUACGCAACCCUCAAACGAGGAUGCUGGCUCCGACGACGAGUCAAAGCCCAAGCCUAAGAAAAAGGGCAUCAUGUAUGAUGACGACGAUGACUUCCCCACCCCGCGACCCGCCGAGAAGUCGAGGGCGGAGAAAGACCGCGAGAACGACGAAAUGUUCCGCAAAGCCGCAGAAGAAGAUGCUCAACGUGUCGAAGCAGCCAAACAAGCCAAAAAAGGCUGGGGCUUCACCUCGUGGUUCGGAGGCGGCGGUGCCAAGAAGGACGCCGCCACGCCCGACUCCAAGGGCGCCAACCCCAACAAACCCAUCCGCGCCAAGCUCGGCGAGGCUAACUCCUUCUACUACGACCCGGAGCUCAAGCGCUGGGUCAACAAGAACGCCGGGCCCGAAGACACCGCCAAAAAGGCCACCCCACCACCCCCCAAAGCCGGCGCCCCGCGCUCCGUCAGCGCCAGCCCGGCCUCCCCGCCCUUCUCCCCGGGCCCCGGCCGCGGCGCCAGCGCACCACCCCCCAUGGGUGGCGCCGGCGGCCCGCCCCGCUCCGCCAGCCGCCCGCCCACCAGCUCGGGCAGCACCGACACGACGGGCCUGCCCGGAUCACCGGGCUCCGUCGCCGGCGGUGCGCUCGGCCCGCCCCCCGGGCCAGUCGCCAUGCUUCGCUCCGUGUCGAACACCAGCACGGCGAGCGCGCCGCCGCUGGGUGGUGGCGGUAGUGGUGUUGGUGGUGGUGGUGGUGGUGGUCCGCCGCCGUCGUCGCGCCCGCCGACUAGUUUGAGCAAUUCCAGUAGUAUUGAUGAUUUGCUGGGGGCGGCGGGGCCGAGGAAGCCCGGAGCGGCGAGGAAGGCGAGGAAGGGGGCGAGGUAUGUCGAUGUUAUGGGGGAAGUGAAGGGGUGGAGAGGUGGAGAGGAAUGGGUGAGAUUGGGGUGA